UAACAAGUUAGCUAACGUUGUCAUACAUUUUCUUCUUACUGUGAAAAGACCUGUUUACAUUCCGGCAGAUGUGCAUGCAAGUGAAUUGCUAUCUUUGUUUUGGUCGUAGCACAUUCGACAUGCGCGGUCCUAAAGAUUUUCACCUGGAAGAGUGCCUGACCCGCAAAUGUAGCCUACAAAUGUGUUUACACGGCGGCAGUUGUAUUGAGUAAUACCGUUUAAAAAAAACUAUAGCCACUCAAACUUUAUAUUAGGAACAAAACACUUUGAGGCUCAAGCACUGAGUUCCCUACCCAUAGCCUACACACAAGCUAUUGUGGCUUUACAACAACCGUUACAUUAUCGGUCUAUGGACUGUUUAUUUACUGGGCACUAUUAAACAAGCUACAUUUUUAUAUUCACUGUAAUGUUUUAGAUCAGUUAUCAUAGCCUACUGCCUCUCGGAGUCAUGCUACACGACUCAAUUCCUCAACUGGAUCACCGAAAUAAUGUGGAGGGUUUGAGAAUUAUUUUAAACGUCUUACCCGAUACACGCUCUUGUUUCUCAUAAUGUAUUCCGUUUUUAUUUCCGUUAUUGUUACCUAUGCCCAACAUGUUAAAAUGCAUAUAGGAAGUUUCUCUGCAGUAGUGAUGACUAAACUGGCCCAUCGCGGCUCCGUGACUAAAUCUCGUUUUGGAGCGUGUACUAUCACUGGUUCGAUCCCACCUUGAUACUUUUCAUAAAGUUUCACAUGUAGCCUACAGGUUUUAUUUUUGUAAGAGAUUCAUUGUCUAAUAUGAUUUUAAACACUCCCUGCUACGAUGGAAUUAUUUUCAGCAGGUGAUUGAUGUUUAUUCUUCCCAUUUAGGCUACGUGUUUGAUUCAUGCUGUGACAGGAUAUAGCUUAGCUAGGCUAACAUCAUAAUUAAUUUCAUAUGGGCUUCCUAUAUGCAAUUUAACACGUUGGACAUAGCAAAUGACAGCCAUUGGCUGUGGCAAUUAGAACCAAUUUUCAACCAAUGAGCUUGUAUUAUUGGACAGUUAUACAACGUUUUGGAGUUGUGCCGUCAACUGUAUAUUUUGAAACCCGAAUUUAAGGACUAUAAACACAGAGGGUUAUUAUUUCGGGAUGUGUAUUGCAGCUCCAGAUAAGAAUCUAUGGUACAUCCAUUCAGCGAGCGAAGGCUGGCAACUAUACUUUACUGUGUCAGUCGCCCUUCCCCUUUUCAGCUUGGUGGUCGCCCUUCACUGGUCACGGAACAAAUGGGGAAAUCACCCUAUAUCCAAGAGCAUAGGCACACACGCGCUUCCACAAUCAAGCUGGAGGGCAGUGUCGUCUUCUAUCAACACAGAGUUUCGUCGCAUUGACAAGUUUGCCACGGGUGCCCCUGGAGCCCGGGUAAUCGUCACAGACACUUGGGUCAUGAAGGUUACAACCUACUACUUGCAUGUGGCGCAGCAGCAGGAUAUCCACCUGACUGUUAUAGACUCCAAGCAGCAUGAGCUGUCGCCGGACUCUGACACUCCUGUGCAGAUUCUGACCAUCACUGUGGCCAGCAUUAACCCCAAUGUCAAGUCUUUUGACAUAAGAUUAAAUUCUACAGAUUAUGGGGAGUUGCGUGAAAAACUGCAUGCCCCAAUCAGAAACGCAGCCAAUGUCGUCAUCCACCAGACCCUGAGUGACCUGUUCCUGGAGACGUUCAAAUCCCAUGUGGAAGUCAACCAGAUCUACUCACUCCCCAGUGGAAUGGUGCUGGGAAACAUCAGAAGUGAUGGUCGUCAGGUUCUGUUAAAAGUUCGGACCGGGGCGUGGCCUAGGGACCGAUCGCGUUUUCUUAUAUUGUGGGCAUACACUUUCACCAAAUUUUGGAGGAGCUGGAGCCAUGCAUUGGCUGCAUGCAGGUUCAUGCCAACACCAAGCUGCUGCGGCUGUGCCAGGAUGAGGGUCAGUACGAGGGCGAAUGCCAACAGUGCUACUGCCGUCCCAUGUGGUGCCUCACCUGCCUGGGCAAGUGGUUUGCCAGCCGACAGGACCAGCAGCACCCUGAGACCUGGCUGGCCAGCAGGGUGCCCUGCCCGACCUGUCGGGCCAAAUUCUGCAUUCUAGAUGUCUGUUUGGUGCAGUGACCCUGCAGCGUGCCUUUCCCCACAGACUGAGAUGUGUGCAACAGGCCAGACUGUAAGCUUAGGCCAGCUGUUUGUCUUACAUUACAGGGCACCUAUAUGAUCAGUAGUAUGAAUUGGAUUUGUAGGUAUUGUUUUUUUUCUUUAUCUUUAUUAAACCGGAAGCAUUCCCUGGAUUAUUUAAACCACCCAGUAAUGUUUAUUUUCUUACAAGGGACUUUUUGACACUUACCAUGGUGGGGCUGCUUAUACUUAUCCAGUACUGUACGGAUUGAAUAGUUAUGGGAUUUUAAUCGUUUUCUCUGGCUGUCAUUCUGUAUCAAGUGAUUUGACAAUAGUAUGUUCAUCUAGGCUGCAUGACAUGAUCUUGUUUUUUUUUUUUGUUUUUUUUUUUUUUUUUUUUCCUUCAUUUUUGUGUUGUUCUCCAUUGUGGUUUCAUUACUAAGGGCACUGCAGUAAUUAUGAUUUAACUGGCUAAUUUGGUGAUUAAGAAGGGCAUUUCAUGUGGUUGUAUUAUGGGGUAGCUUGAUUUCAUAGUUAAUUUAGUUUCCUAGUAAAUCUACAUUUGUAUGAAGCAAUCUCUCCAAACACCUAAUGAACCAACAAUGCAAUAUUUUCUGGCUUCAAUGGUGAUUUUUGAAAUUUCACAAAAGAUGAAAAAUGCUGAAAGCAGAAAAUAUUUAUUGAGUACUGUUAUUCGAUCAGUUGUAAAUACAAUCUUAAAUAAACAACCUGUGUGACGA